UCGAUCGAAACAAGACAUACAAACAAGCGCACAUGUCUCCAUUGUGGCGAUGCGCUUUUCAAUGCGUAUACGAUCGGUGUUUUGCAAAGAAAAGACUCCCAAACAAAUGGCAAUUUUUGACAAUGUGAAAUCAUCCCAUUGGUUAUCUUUUUGAGUUUCCAAGUUCCUGGACCUCUUUUAAGUUGUUCAAAAAGGGUUAUAAAAGAGAAUGUUGUCUUUUUCGGUCACGAAACACGAAAUAUCGAGACACAAUCAGCUGCGACAAAAAUCAAAAUUAUUGCUUCCCGGCGCUUCACGAAAAGAAGGGUGAUCACAAACGACGAAGUUUUCUGCGAGAAACAAUCCCUAUUCAAGCAUGGCUCUUCCCCAAAUCAUAGCGGUGUUUCACGCGCUUUUCAACGUGAUCGGCCUUCCUGGAAAUUUGCUGGUGAUAUUGACAAUCGUUUUGGAAAGAAGAUUUCACGUGAUGCGUUAUAUUCUGCUCGCCAGUCUCGCAGUGUCAGAUUUUCUCUGUUUAAUUCUCGUAAACUCAUUUCGCAUCGCAAGCAUAGCAAAGGAAAGAUGGUUAUACGGUCAAACAAUGUGUCUUCUCAAUGCAUUCUUUGCAAGAUACUUCUUCCUCAACUCAGUUCUUCAUCUGAUAGCCGUGUCUUAUGAGCGAUACAGUGCCGUUGUGAAAUCACCUUUGACGUACGAUGGUACGAUUACAAAGUCCAGAGUUGUGCUCAUGGCUCUCAUCUGGAUAGUACCGAUUCCAAUUUGCAUCAGUCCAUUCCUCGGCUGGGGAAAGUACGUUUACAACCCAGAUAUGUUCUUCUGCGAGCAAGGAUGGUCGGAACAGAGCGGUGCCAUCGCUGCAACCUUAAAGUCGAUGUUUUUCUUUGUUGUGCCCUUUCUGGUGAUCGCGUUUCUAAAUUGGAGGGUUUUCAAAGCAGUGAAAACUCUUCAGAGAAACGACGUGGCGCCGGUCCAAGUGGAAAACACCGCAGCACCCGAAAAUCAUUCCGGACAAGAGAUAUCAAGAGGAAUAAGAGAACGGAAGGCGGCUGUGGAUGUAAGCAUCGUUAUUGCAGCGUUCUUGUUUUGCUGUAUCUCUGGCUGGAUCGCAGGACUUUGCCGUCAGUUCAUCACAAGUUUCAAAGUGUCAGCCGAAGUAAUCCUGGUCACCGCUUGUAUCUUCAUGUCCAGUUUUCUGUGCAACCCGAUCAUCUAUUCCAUUCGUAAAAGGGGAUUUCGAAUGGGUGUUAAGAAUGUCUUCAGGCGAAUUGGAAUUUGUGGAAGUUCCAACGAAAUCGACGUUGCAUGUCACAAGCAGAGCUAAUCCACAAGUACCAGACCUCCCGGUUGGGUCGGCAAUAUAUUUUCCUUGAGGUUAACGCCGAGAGAAGCUCGAGAUCGCGACAACGUGUCUCAAGAACACGACGAAGGAUUUUAGAACUACAGAGGACGAGUCAAAGUGACUUUCUGUGCAUCAGCUCUCAAAAGAACUGAACACUGAAUAAUGACUGAACUGUGUGUAACGUUUUUACUCUAUGUACAACAAUCGAAAUAUUGCUACUAAGCCCAUAGGGGAUGGUUAAAGUACUUUUUGAAUUGUUUUAUUUUUUCCGCGAGCCGGAAUUUCAGUCCAGUUCUUUAAAACCCACACCGUUUCCAUGCCAGAUCAUUUUUCAUUGCCCGUUUCCAGAU